ACUCCAUUGCUAACUUCCAUGGGUUUUCCCACCAUUCUUUGGCUCUGGACUCUCCUCGCCGCCGCCGCCGCAGAAACCGCCUCGCCGCCGACGCUAUCGAUCGAUCAAGAACACAAGCUGAACAACAUCAUCGACGCUCUGAUCGGCACCGGCGACUUCGCCGGUUGGGUGAACCUCCUGUCUACCACCGAUCCUUCUACCAUCCCGGUCAGUGCGACCCUUUUUGUCCCCAGCAACGACGCCAUUUCCAGCUUCCCGGCGUCCCACGGCGUCGGAAUCGUGCCCUUCGAUCCACUUCUGGUGCCGUACCACAUCGUCCCCCAGCGGCUCACAUUCUCCGAGCUCCGGCACAUGGGCACCCACACGCGCCUCCCCACGCUCCUCCAAGACAGGUACAUCGUCGUCACCAACAACUCCCCCUCCAACUUCACCGUCGACAACUCGCGAAUCACUCAGCCCGACAUCUUCGUCAAUGCCGAUUUCUCUGUGCACGGCAUCGAGAAAGUUCUCGAUUACUCCGUCUAUGGUGGCGGCCCCAUUACGGCGACCAGCCAGCCGUCCCCGAAACCGCGGAAUGGCACCGAUAACGGCAGUCAUCCGAAUCCCUCAGGGAAGACUCUACCCGACACCAAAUCCAGGUCUGCCUCGUGCUUGCACAGUAGAUUUCCGGCGAUCUUUUCCGGCGCUACUGUUUUCGUAUUGAUCAAGAUCUUCGUCCCAGCUCUCUAACAAAAUCAAGGAACAAUCCGUGGAAAUGCAGUGACAUGUUUACAACGAACCUACAGAAUUAUGCACACCAAUCCAAUGUGACUGAAAUCAGGGUUCAAUUCGAUCAGUCUUUGUUCCAGUGAGAUUUAUAUUCAUUCUUUAGAUAGGGGAUGAUGUGCUUGAAUCAGAUGAUCUUGCGUUUAAAUUCUGUUGUAUUCCUUCGAUACUGUUUC